ACCACUAACACCCUUAGAUCCCGCAUUAGGAUAUCUUUGCGCCACCCUCUGGCACAUGUGCGGAAUAACAUGCGCUGGUUCAGAUCAUUUUACUUUCUGUUCUGCUGAACUGAGACGCAACUCCAGAUCGAUUCCCUGCCACUUAAUCAUCAUUCACAGUUUUUUGGCGAUGGACAAGAAGGAAGCAACGCGAACCUGCGGUCAAUGCCACAAAGAGGUUGCAGAGGCCAACUUCGCUCUGCACGAAAGCCACUGCAGCCGCUUCCUAUGUCUCUGUCCGGACUGUGAUGAAUCAGUUCCCAGAGAGCAACUGGACCAGCACCGAGAGGAACAACACACCCAGGUGAGAUGCUCCAAGUGUAACCAGAAGAUGCAACGCUGUUACCUUGCAGAUCAUGAGUCUGAUGAGUGUGUGGAGCGUCUGCAGAGCUGUAAGUUCUGCGAGCUGGAGAUGCCGUGGAAGGAUCUCAACGAACACUGUCUGGCCUGCGGGAGUCGCACCGAGCUGUGCAGAGACUGCGGCCGCUACAUCACGCUGAGGGAUCUGCCCGAGCACGGCUUGACCUGCUCAGAUACUGACAAUGGCUCCGGUCCUCCUCAAACUACCAGCAAACAACCAGCAAACAACACAAAAAAAACAUGGAUGUGUGACAGAUGUAUGGCGUCGUUUCCAGCUGAACAAAUAAACGAACAUGAGCUGGACUGUGUUCCCACAACCAGGUCUGACGAUGAAGAGGAUGAGCCAGAGGAGGAAGAGGGGGAGCAUGAGGGUGAUUUCUCCACUCCCUGGCUAAGCAGAACCUACAAGUCAACCGCCCUGCUAGACAGAGCCAGCAAUGGUCCCUGGGGUGAUGGAGGUGACCCAGACCAGAUCAGCACCUGCCCCCACUGUCAUCUGGCCCUGCCCCUCCGCACACUAAGUUGGCAUAAGUUCAAGUGCCAAAUCCACAUUGUCCUGAAAUAAAGAGAGAGAUCCUCCGAAUGGAAGAGCUGCUUCAGAGAUCAAUGUGUCAUUAGCAAAGAGACGGAAGAAACGUAUCUGGGAUGUUGAAAUGUAAUUGUAUAAUGUGACUACUUCAUUUAGCUUUUUUACAGGAAAUGCUCUGUCUAGGUAAAGGUGACACUCAUGAUGGCUUUGUAAUGUUUUCUUUGUUAGAUCCCAACACCGCGACUGAACUGAAAUGCUUAUUGCUUCUGUCUAAACCAGAGAAAACUGCAGUUGUUUGGAGUCAGAAACAUCAUGUUGAGCAAUUUCUACAGAAUCAGAUUAAAGUCUGUUAAAUUCUCCAUUAACAUUAAAGGUUUACAUGUCCAA